CUGCAGAAAGCACUGCAGGAGCGGGUGAACAACCCAGCGCUGUUUCAGAAGGACAUCAUCUCCAAGUCGCCGAGCAUCACAGAUCCGUUGCCAAAACCAGUGGCGAUAACAGUUUAUGGUCAGAAUAACAACAGUGUGGUUCCUGCUGCGUCUAACACCACGCCGCCCCAUAGCAGGCUGGUCGUGACCACACCUCCAACAAGCAGCAGGACAGGAACACCUGCUCCUGAUGAG